CUAUACAUAUUUCUCCUAUUUUGACUUUUCUUCAACUAGUUAGAGUCGAUCCUUCAACUUGUUAGGCUCAAUUAUCCAUUAUAUUAUAAAUAUUUUUCAUUCUUAAAGUGCUUUUCCCUACAUUUUAUUGUAAAAAGUAAAAUUUACUUGUAUUUUUUUUGAACAACAUGUAAGAGUGGGUCGACCCGUCCCGCCCCGUACCGGCGCGGGUUUUACCCGCGCCGACCCGUAGUAGCGUGGGGCGGAGCAUGGGAAUUGAGGUACCCGCCCCGCCCCAUUGCCAUCACUAACCACGUACGUUCUCCUUUUUUCCAUAGACCGUCGGUAGUCAACAAGUAAUCGAACUAUCAAAGAGCGUUGUUUGCCAUAAGAUGGACGGCCCUAUUAGGUAUUUGAGAAACACAAGAACAAGUGCAGAACUCAAAUCUUGAAGCCAACCUUCAAAUAUCCCCUUCCUUGUAGUGUAUUUGUGUAUGGAACUUUCCUUUCGAUUUGUCUAUUUACCUACUUAAUGACCUACUUUUUUUAUAAUAAUAAAAAAAAAAGAUUACUCAGAAGUGUAUCCUAGUAUGAAACUUCCACAAGUUGCUCAACUCUUGAGUUAAUACUUAGUAGUUAGUACGGCGUUUUUGGAUUAGUGAUUUAGUGUACCUUAUAUUGGAUGGACCGAGCUCGAGUUGCUCGGCCCAAUAAAUUCAUCCCCCACCACAUUUAACUCUUUCUUUUGUGUCUUUUUUUUUUUUUUUGGUAUAUUCUGCAUUUCAUGAGUUGUAUUCCGCAAAUCAUACAUACCAUUCAUUGCUUAUCAAAUUUGAAAAAAAUGAAAAAUUGCCUAGAUUGUCAAAUACAAAUGUAUGAAAUUGUUUAACCAUAAAAAAUGUUUUAAUUGCUUAAUUUGAGAAAUCAAUUUCGGGUAUAACGUAUGUAUUUCUUGUAAAAGGAAUCUAUUUAGCUGUCUUUUACAGUUUUACCUUACCUAUGAAGAAACACUUAUGGCAACCAUUAUAUAACUAUAGACAAAAUAAAUUUUGUAGUAGAAGGAAUUCAAAUAAUUGUGAUGCAUAUCUUUUUUCUGAAUCAAUGAAUUAUCUUUACAAUUUAUAAACCAUGACUGCCCUUAUAUAAACCGACCAAACCAACAGCAAAGCUGAUCAAAACACUCAAAAACAAUUGGUAGAAAACUUGUAGAUCAUCCAACAAGUGGGAACGAAAUCAUCCCAACAAGAAAAAGACAUGGAAAAGAUAAUUAUGAAGUUGGCCUUCUUGGUUGCUCUCUUAGUUUUCACAUUCGGUGAAAAGAACAUGAAUGGAGUGGAGUGCAGAACAGUGAGCACAAACGACGAGCCUCUGUCGUGCGCUACACCGUGUCAAUCGCCAAAUUGCAGCUGCGUGAGAGGGAUUUGCCUUUGCAAUGAGUCUGAAAUGUCGGGUGAAAAUAACAUUAAAGCAGUGGAGAGCAGACCAGUGAGUACAAACAACAAGCCUUUGUCGUGCGCGACACCGUGUCAAUCGCCAAAUUGCAGCUGCGUGGGCGGGAUCUGCCUUUGCAACGAGCCGCACGCAGUUGCUGCCCACUUGAACCCAACUCCCCUGGAGGCCGAUGGCCAAAGGAAAUUAAACUAGUGUGAUUGUGAUCUUGUAACGUGUUAUUUGUUGUUGCUAGGGAAGCAUGAAACUGGCAAUAAUGACUAGAAACACACAAUACAAAUUGCUUGUUGGGCAGAGUGUUGGUCUCCAUUUUCUGUUUGGCACACCUUCUUCUAUAUAAUUCUAUGAAAAUCGAAACGGAAUCCGAAUUAUCUUGUUUGAUUCAGCUCAAUUCAAAUACCAAUUGAGUGCUAUUGGUGAUACAUGUAUCCGAUUUUUUCAUACUCGGUUAGAGAUGGAACGAAAGACCCAAAUUUUGUAUAUUGUGCAAACCCAAUAUAUUACGAGUCAAAUA